UUUAUAAUGAAGAUAGAUAUAGAUUAAAUUUUAAAUCGUAUACCUUAUUGCAUGAAAUGUUAGCGACAUGUUAAUUUAGCGAUUUUGAAAAUUUCCCAUUUAGCGACACUUUAAUUUAGCGAUUUUUCGUAAAAUUUGGGAACAUAAGUCACUUAGUUUUAGCGAUUUCACGAACUGAAACUCAAAAAUAUUUAAGCUUAUUUGGUGCGAAAAUGUAUUUGAUAAAAUUAUAAAUGUCAUAACUUGAUUUAAAUAUAUAUAAAAAAAAUCAUUCAACUUUUGCAGAUGGCAACAUUUUAUCCCAUAGACAUACAGAUGGCAAAAUUUCACAGUGUACUCACUUUAAUUUAGCGACACUUUAGAGGCGGCAUUAAUUCAAAUUUCAUGUAAUAAAGGUAGAUAAAAUUUUAGAUGGUAUUAGUGCCGUUUCAAGGUAUGAUAUAACUGUGUAUAUGAUUGUAAAAGAAGUCCGGAAAUAGGACAGCAUACUCAGUGUUCGCCUUGUAGGGGCCCAUUUUCUUUAUGUCUAAGUUUGUUUCUUUACUGUUGUGCAGUAAUUUACAACUUGAUUAAUUAUGAAAACUACUCUGUUGUUGGCCUUCAUAAUUUCAAACCUUUGUAUCAGCAAGCUAGCUGCUGCCACUCAUAUGAAGUUUAAAAUAUUCCUUUUCACACUGGUCGUACUGUACUCCUUAUAAAGUCCAUUCAGGCUAACAAAAACUGUUUAUAUGUGUUUAUAUAUGUAUUUUUUAGCUGCACGAUCAUGAGCCACAUAAACACUUUAAUUACUAUGUGUUAUUUAUUUAUUAAUCAUAGCUCUAACAAAAUUCUCAAUUUUUAUUGGUUCUGCCUGCACCACCGUAUUUAAUCCCUGAAUUGUACUCCACUCAGACCUUAUUACCAACUUAUUUAUUAAUAUUUUUAUUCUUUUUAUUUGGUAAUAAAUUAAUUAUUUGAUUAUAUUUCAUACCCUAAAAUAGGCAUCUUUUUAAAAUGGAGUGGACACAGGAGUGUGACCUGCUUCUUUUACAAGAAAUUGUGGUGUCACAGCCUUACAAAUUCAAACCAUCAACAAGAGAUAGAGGGCAAGUGUGGGAGGGCAUUACGGCAAGGCUAAAUGCCACAGAAUUAUUCCAUGAUCGGCUCCGUAACAAGAGAGCAGUCAGGGACAGGUAUCAAUUACUUUCAAAGAAAUUCAAGAACAAAAUGGCUGAGGAAGAACGAGCAAGUGGGAUAUCCCCUGAGAUGACAGAAACAGACAAGUUGCUGGAACAGAUAGUGGAACAGUUUGAGGAAAGUGAAAGAGACGCCGGAGAACAGUCAGAGAAGAAUGACCAAAAUAAGGAGAAUGAAAGGAAAAAGGCAGAAGAGAUGAGAAACAGGUCGAUGGAGAAGCUGGGGGAGACUCAGAAAAGAAAGGCAACAGCUGAGGAUGGGCAACAAACAACACCGAGAAAGAGAUCAUCAGGAUCAGAAACCCUCGUGUAUUUGAGGGAAAAGGCAGAACGGGAGUUUGAGCUAAGACAAGAGGAAUUAGAAGUAAAAAAGAAAGAACAAUCUGCACAACUUCAGAUGUUCCAGUAUAUGCAACAGCAACUGCAGCAACAGCAACAACAACAACAACAGCAAAUGCAAGUUCAAAUUCAGCAGCAGCAACUGCAAAAUCAAAUGCUCUUGGCACUUAUUGAGAAAAUCACCAAGUAA